AUGGCCCGGCGCGUUGAAGAAAGGCAUCCAGCAAUUAAUAUUCUAGCCAUGUUCUCCGGUCUCAGAGAUGAUGAGGAAAUACGGCGCCAGUUGGAGACUAGCCUGGGCCUAGAUUCGGCUGUUACGACGAACACGGGUGACGAUGUGCAGGAGGAACUAGAAGCGCUCGAAGGGGAGUCUGAUCAGCGUCAACGCAGACGUGUAGGUGUAGGAUUUCAGGCGGCGAAGAAGGUGCGUGUCUUCUCCGCCGAGGAGUCAAAACUCAAGGAGGUUAUAAAGGGGAAACAGAGCGCCUCCAAGUCAAAGCGUAUAAAGACGGCAGUGAAGCAAGCUGCCAUUCCUGAAGAUGACGACGACGCCGAACCGUCGAGGCUUGAUCUGAUCUUGUCGGCGUCGAGCAAUCUCAAGGCCGAACGCCGAAAGCUUCGCGCUAAGCGUCUCGGUAAGGCAUGA